UAUAUGAGUUGUUUUCUUUCAUUUUCACAUAGUUAUACCAAACCAAGACAACCUUACCUUUAAAUACCUCUUAUAUUACCCAAUAAAUAAGCAUCCUUACUCUCACAAAAUCCACCACAUCACAACAACCACCAUGGGUUUUGAUGAUGAUGAUCCUCCAUUUUUUCAUAGAAAAAACAAAUAUGAUCUUAAUAGCAAGAUCAUGAUAACAGCCAUAAUUUCAUUAUCUAUAGUUAUUUUCUUCGUUACUCUCCUCCAUGUUUACGCGAGGUGCGUCCUCAGACGUCAGGCUAGACGUAGGGCGGAGCUUCAACGCAUCAGCAUCAUCACCAGCUCUGCCCUACAGGUCGAGCCCCCAAAGACGGGGCUCGACCCGUCCGUCAUAGCUUCGCUACCGGUAUUUAUUCUCAAACAAAAUGAUAUUAAUCAAAAUAAUUCAAUUGAGUGCACGGUUUGUUUGAGCGCUCUUGAAGACGGAGAAACGGUUAGGAAGUUGCCUAAUUGCAAACAUGUUUUUCAUACUGAGUGUAUUGACAAAUGGUUCGGGUCACAUUCAACGUGCCCGAUUUGUCGGACUGAGGCGGAGCCCCGGUUGUUACAACCGGAGCCACGUGAGGGCGUGGUAGGACCUACCACGCCCUCAGCGCCACCAAUCGAGGGUGGCGAUUCGACAAAUGUGGAAGAUUGUGGAUUAGCACAAGAUUCAACAUCAUCAUCAGCUAAAAUUAAUGGAUCAAGUUCGAGAUUAAGCUCGUUUAGGAAGAUGAUUAGCAUGGAAAAAUCAUCAAGAAGAUUACAUGUUCAAUUUUGUGGUGUUGAAGAGGGUGUAAUUAAUGAUCUUGAAAGACAAUGAUUAAUAAUUAGGUAUGAAUUAUACGAUGUUUAUUAGUUCAAAUUCGAAA